AUGAGCAGCAAAUCCUCCAACAUUUGCAUUCCCGUGCACAUGUUAACCAUGCUGAUGAUGCUUUCUUUCAUGUUAGCAUCCCCGUGUCCUACUGAUCAUGUUCAACAAUGUCAUAAUGCUUGGACUAAUUUUGCUUGCAACAAUGGACGUGUAGUUGAGAUAGACAUCGGUUACUGUGACGAAAGUGGCCUGAUAAAGGCAAUCAUUUCCUCAUUUCCGAGUGUUGAGAGGCUAGAAAUUUCACAUAGUAAUCUUAUAGGGAACAUCCUACAACAGAUUGACUUGCUGCAAAAUCUGACAUAUAUUUCUGUCUCAUGGAAUUAUAACACAGGAGGUACCUUUCCUGUAUACAUUACCAAUCUCACCCGAUUAGAACACCUUGACCUUUCAGAUAACAAUCUCAGCGGAAAUGUCCCAUCUCAGUUGUGGAGUCUCAAGAAUUUGAAGUUUUUGGAUCUUAGCUACAAUUGGUUGAACGGUCCAAUCCUUCAAUCUUUUGCUUCCAUGGUCAAUCUCACCCAAUUAAAACACCUUGACCUUUCUCAUAACAAAUUCAUUGGUACCCUCCCGUCUGAUCAGUUGUGGAGUCUCAAGAACUUGAAGUUUGUAGAUCUUGGCCACAAUCAGUUGACCGGUCCAAUCCUUCAAUCUUUUGCUUCCAUGGUCAAUCUCACCCGAUUAGAAUACCUUGCACUUUCAGGUAACAAAUUCAGUGGUACCCUCCCCUCUGAUCAGUUGUGGAGUCUCAAGAACUUGAAGUUCUUGGAUCUUAGCCACAAUCAGUUGACCGGUCCAAUCCUUCAAUCUUUUGAUUACAUGUUCAAUCUCACCCGAUUAGAAUACCUUGACCUUUCCCGUAACAGUUUAAAUGGUACCCUUCCAUCUCAAUUGUGGAGUCUCAAGAAUUUAUGGAUUCUGGAUCUUAGCCACAAUUGGUUGACCUAUCCAAUCCUUCAAUCUUUUGCUUCCAUGGUCAAUCUCACCCGAUUAGAAUACCUUGCACUUUCAGGUAACAAAUUCAGUAGUACCCUCCCGUCUGAUCAGUUGUGGAGUCUCAAGAACUUGAAGCUCUUGGAUCUUAGCCACAAUCAGUUGACCGGUCCAAUCCUUCAAUCUUUUGCUUCCAUGUUCAAUCUCACCCGAUUAGAAUACCUUGACCUUUCCAGUAACAGUUUAAAUGGUACCCUUCCAUCUCAAUUGUGGAGUCUCAAGAAUUUAGAGAUUCUGGAUCUUAACCAAAAUCAAUUGACCGGUCCAAUACUAACAUCUUUUCGUUCUAAGGUCGAUCUCACCAGAUUAGUACACAUCAACUUUUCCCGUAACAAUUUUAGUGGUACCCUACCAUCUCAGUUGGGGAGUCUCAAAAAUUUAGAAUUUCUGGAUCUUAGCAGAAACAGGUUAACCAGUCCAAUCCCUCCAUCUUUCGGUUCCAUGAUCAAUCUCAAAUUCCUAGACUUGAACACAAAUCAACUAAGAGGACCAAUUCCACAGGAACUUUGUAAUCUGCAAAACCUAGAAACAUUGAACCUUAGUAUGAAUAACAUCACUGGCUCCAUUCCUCCGCAUAUAGAUUAUUUGAAGAACAUAAAACAACUCGACCUUAAUCAUAACCAUCUUUCUGGUGUGAUUCAUCUCGAAUUCAGAAACUUGCCAAGACUCUCUCACCUUGAUUUUUCAUCAAACGGUUUGUCCGGGAAUGUAUCCUUUCAGUAUCCGUGCAGAUUAGAGUAUCUAGACCUCUCUCAUAAUUUCCUGACUGGUUACAACGGAUUAACUAGUUGCUACCAUUUAAGGUAUCUGGACCUUAGUGAUAAUAUUUUUGUUGGAGAAGCAGUUAACUGUUUUAAUUUCUUAUCGUUGGAGUACUAUAGUCUAAACGUGUCUGGGCUUGAUAGGGGAUAUUGUAAAAAAACUGACUAUGGAAGUGUUUAUGAAGGCAAGCCCUCCAAAGAACACAAACAUAUCCUCCUUUUGGAGAUUCUUCUUCCGAUGAUUGUUGGAUUUUGCUUCUUAGUGAUUGGUUAUGUGCUUUACCAUCACAAAAAGGCCACCAUGGAGAAAAGUCAACCAAAACUACAAAAACAUGGAGACGUGUGCUCGGUAUUGAAUUACGAUGGGACUCUUGCAUUCGAAGACUUCAUCAAGGCAACAGAAGACUUCGACCUCAAAUAUUGCAUUGGAACCGGUGGUUAUGGAAGUGUUUAUGAAGCGAAACUGCCUAACGGUAAAACAUUUGCUUUGAAGAAACUCCAUCGGUUUGAAGCCAAGCAACCAGCAUUUGACAAAAGUUUCAAGAACGAGAUUGAAGUCCUAACCAACCUAAGGCACAAAAACAUUGUGAAACUCUAUGGCUUUUGUUUGCAUAACCAAUGCAACUUCCUUGUAUAUGAAUACAUGGAAAAAGGAAGCUUAUUUUGUGCAUUGAGUGACAACGAAUUCGCUGUCAUGUUGGAUUGGAAGACAAGGGUAAACAUUAUCAAACAGGUAGCACAUGCUUUGUCGUACAUGCAUCAUGACUGCAGCCCACCCAUCAUUCAUCGAGACAUAUCAAGCAACAACAUUCUCUUGAACAAAGAAAUGGAAGGAUUUGUUGCCGACUUUGGAGCAGCCAAAUUGCUCGACCCUGAUUCAUCCAACCAAACCGUUGUUGUAGGAACUUUGGGAUACAUUGCUCCAGAACUUGCAUAUAACAUCAUUGUGAACGAAAAAUGUGAUGUGUAUAGCUUUGGAGUGCUUGCACUUGAAAUAAUUGGAGGGAAGCAUCCUGGAGACUUCCUAACGUCUCUCAACUGUUCUAACCGAGAAGGUGCAACUUUGGAAAACAUAUUUGACAAGAGACUCCCUUAUCCAACUGAUGACAGACGGAUUAAAAUGGAAAUUCUCCGUGUUUAUGAUGUUGCACUAGCAUGCAUUCGCGUGGACCCGAAGUCUCGUCCGACAAUGGGAAACGUCUCUCAGGAAUUAUCCAAGUGAUGAGUCACCAUAUGUACUUAAUGACCAUAUCUUUGUUUCGGUACCUCCCGAUUAAAACUUCUUUCAA